ACCCAGCGACCCCUUUCGCGCCGUUUCUUGCACAAAAUAAUGCGCUUCUCGCUCCGCCAAGACCGACACCUAAUAGUAUUUAUUGAUAAUUACCAAUUCGGGAUUAUCUAGAGGCCGUCAGUGGAGUCUCACCGAAACAAAAUCGGGGGGAGCUCAACUCGCGAGCAAACUAAACUCCAAGUCAUGGGACCCUAAAAUGCUUAUUCAAUAAACCUAAAAUUUUAGUCAGGGGCGCUAGAAAUGUAGCCGCGGUCGAGCGAGCGCGCGGCCGGCGAGCGACCGGCCGGCGACCACUUUAAUCCCUGCAGAAAACCUCUUGAGAGUGGAUAACCAAACCUACAAAUAACGAAAACAUAAAUUGCACAAGCCAAAAGCCCGAAAACAAUCCGGGCUUGUGUUUCCGGCUUGUGUUUCCUAAACACAAACUCCCGCUGCUGCACCAUGUUUUCAGCGACACUUUGGCAUUAAUACUAAGCUGGCAGGGACUGAAAGCCAGAAGCACAAAUAAACGGAACUUCGGGCACCAGUCCACGUCGCACGCACAUCAGUCCACCUUGUGGUGGGCCGUUCACAUACACAUCAACCCAUCCAACUUCAAAUAGUUCCGCUAUUAAGAUUGAUAUUGAUAUACUCAUGUCCGAAUACAAGCCGAGAACUUCACACUGAAUCUCACUAGUCCUAGGCACACCCACAACGGCCACAACGCAGACGCUUGCCAAGCUCUAAACGUUCGCUACUAGGAAAUCAAAUGAACCUCAAUGAGCGGUCAGAGGACGACUGCAAGGACUUACCGGCAGGCAUGGGCAAGAAAACAUGGGCGAGGCUCAUCAAGAUACGUAACGAAACUGGCCAGUUUACAAGCUGGGAGGAUGUGCUGGCGCGCGCCACGGCCAAGCGCAUCGGUUUCGGCGCAGGCAAGCUCGGGAAGCUGCAGGCUGCGGGCUUCGAGGUCUCGCCAACCGUCGCGGGCUUGCUGCACGCCCUGAACAACCUGCCCGCCAAGGCCCUUCGGGAGCGCAACCUACUCGAAGCAACGAUCGAAAAGGUCAUGUGGAUGAGGGAGCGGCGCCGUGGCAAGCCCCUGCGAAAUCUACGCAGGGCGCGCGUCAUGCUGCGGAUGGCCGCGUUCCGUGACGCGGUGGCGCGCCUGAUGGGCAUGCCCGUGCAGCAGCAGCAGCAGCUGCUGGCCGCCGUGCUCGCGCCGCAGCAGCAGCAGGUGGAGGAGCUAGCGGCGGUAGCCGCCAACAACAGGGCGGGCGGGCACGGUGCUGCGGCUGCGGCUGGGCUGCAUGGCAUGGACGCUGAUGACGUUGUGGGUGGUGAGGCGGAGGCGGAGGCGGAGGCGGAGGCGGAGGCGGAGGCGGAGGCGGAGGCGGAGGCGGAGGCGGAGGCGGAGGCGGAGGCGGAGGCGGAGGCGGAGGCGGAGGCGGAGGCGGAGGCGGAGGCGGAGGCGGAGGCGGAGGCGGAGGCGGAGGCGGAGGCGGAGGCGGAGGCGGAGGCGGAGGCGGAGGCGGAGGCGGAGGCGGAGGCGGAGGCGGAGGCGGAGGCGGAGGCGGAGGCGGAGGCGGAGGCGGAGGCGGAGGCGGAGGCGGAGGCGGAGGCAGAGGCGGAGGGGGAGGCGGAGGCGGAGGAGGAGGAGGAGGAGGAGGAGGCCGCCCUGAACAACGCCGCAGAGCUUGCGGCUGAACUUCAAGAAGCCGACGUGAACGCGGCCUACAUGGAAGCGGACGGUGACGGUGGCGGUGACGGUGACGGCGACGGUGGCGGCGGCGGCGUCGUCGCGGAAGCGGCUGGCGCGGAGGUGGAUGGUGGAGAGGUGGCUGGUGGGGUCGAGCCGGCGCCGCCGCGCUUUUGGAUGGUGUACGGCGUCCCCCCAGAUGCGCCGUACCCACCAGAGUUUCGUGAUCAGACUACCGGUCGGUAUCUGCACGACCGCAUUGACGCGGCGGAUGGCGCAGGCGGACUCUCCUACAACGGCGAGAGCCUGAGCGAGGAACAGGCGGAGGAGCUGCGGCUGCGCUGGCAGCGUGACUACCCCGUUAUUAUGGGCGCAAGCGAAGCUGGCAACGGCCGUGAGCCGCCGGAGGCGAAGCGUGCGACCAGCUCGUCGAAAGUGCGCAUGUACUGCUGGCAGGAUUUGCUGGAGCUGGAAGCCACCGACCAGAUCCCAACCGCCUGGCGCAAGAAGUUUCGCUCCGACGCCUACGGCAACGUGGUGGCGCUGGCCGCCGCAAACGGCUCUGUGUGCGGCUUCCAUGGCGACCACAUCUUCCCCUGGAGCCGCGGCGGCCUCACGGUGCGGGACAACCUGAUGGCGCUGCAAUGGCGCGCCAAUAUCUUGAAGAAGAACCACAUCCUCAACGCCAACGAGCGGUUCGGGCCGAAUGGCCAGACCCUGGCGGACCGACUGCAGCAUGGAGCGCGAGCUCAGCACGCGGCGGGACCGCCGCCAGUUCCGGAAUGAGCUGGAGCGGCUGCUGUUCGACAAGUACACUAUCACAUGGCCCCUGAGCGGCGUGCAGCCGGGCCGGCCCAUGUUCAUCGCUCUUGAGGGCAUGCACAACGCCAUGCGCAUGGACCUGUUCGGGCGGCUGGGGGUGCCAGCGGCCGGGGCUGCGGGCGCGGCUGCGGCCGGGGCUGGGGUUGGCGGCGGUGACGACGAUGAGGAGCCCCGCCACGGCUGAGGGUAGUGCUAGGUCAGAGGGAUAUACACGUUCUCUCCCUUGUUACGGCGGUGCCGCUUGACUCGAACACCUGCACCCAACCAGGGACAGUGGUGUUGGCGGCGGGGGCAGAGGCGCGGAUGAAGAGCUUCUUGCCAGUGGUCACAUUGUUUGUGUUGCUAUAGGCGGCCCCCGAGAUCCACUCUGGCGCCCAGCCGCUGCUGUGGGUGCUGGGCUCCGUGGUGAGGUAGGCGGCUCCCGUGGGAGCGUAGUGGAGGGCACCGGUGUUGGGGUUGGCGGCAUACUGGCCGACGGAGUAGCUGCCACCGGUCUUUCAAAAGGUGAUCCGGUGAUGUGCCGGUGGUGCUGUAGUUGGUGGGAGAGCAGGCAGUACGCAGGCACCCAGCCGCUGCACGAGAUGAUGGGGAGCGUGGUGGAUGCGGCACACAUCGAGCCAUGAAAUUAAAGUACUACCACUGUAAUUUGGCACGCGU